ACAAACCAGCAAUACUCGCCGCUUUAAAUACGACUCCUCAUCACUAAGGGCAGUUUGGAGAAUUCACUAUAUUGAUUUUUCUUCGUGUGAAAUCGCAGUAAGAAUCUCCGCGCGUCGUCUGAAAACCAAUUUUUUUUUAUAUUAUUUUAUAAAUUAAUAGCGUCUAUAUAACGCCUUGUAACCAUGUCUGCCGCGUGACGUUUUCGGAGUGUUUGUGGGCUUAUUUCUAUUGGCAGAAGUAGAAAAAGCCGUGAGGAUCGCUCGGAGAAAGAGUGAAGAGAAGGGGGAACUCACUCACAAGUUGUUUAAACAUGUCGGCAGCAACCGGUGGUGGUGGUGGCGGUGCUCAGGAGGAGGAUAAGAAGCCUAUGGAUCAGUCUGCCCACAUUAAUCUAAAAGUUAAGGGCCAGGAUGGCAAUGAGGUGUUCUUCAGGAUCAAGCGAAGCACCCAGCUGCGCAAGCUAAUGACUGCUUACUGUGAUAGACAGUCAGUGGAGUUGAACUCCAUUGCAUUUUUAUUUGAUGGGCGCAGACUGCGUGGAGAACAGACUCCUGAUGAGCUUGAGAUGGAAGAUGGAGAUGAAAUAGAUGCAAUGCUGCACCAAACUGGAGGCGGAGAUGUAUACCCUUGAGUCCAUGUUGGGACCAAAUGGAUACAUACAGUUAUUUUCUUAAUCUAUGCAAAGGGCUAAUGUAAAUGAAAUUGAAACUGAGGCAGACUUGAAGUUUUGUGUUUUCUAUUGAAAGAAAAAUAUUCUAAAAGUUGUGCCGCUUCGGUUUAGUUUUAUCAUGUUUGUGGUUUAUGGAAUUGCGCUAUUUGUUUAAACUUAUUGUGUUACUUGUUGCUUCCUAUUUUCUACGGUUGAAUAAGAUUUUAAUGGUGUACCUUGAUAAA